UGUGAAUCAAGACUCGGUUUGGUAAGAAUCAUAAUGUCGCGCAUAUGCUCGAUCGCUUUCAUUUGCCUAGCAGCGGCAGCGACUGCCACAGCUGAAGCUGCUGCCGAUCCACUGAUAGUCGAGCUGCCCAAUGGAAAAGUUCGCGGCCGCGAUAACGAAGGCUACUACAGCUACGAGUCGAUACCUUAUGCGGAGCCACCUGUGGGCGAGCUGCGCUUUGAGGCACCGCAGCCCUAUGCUCAGCAGUGGAGCGAAGUGUUUGACGCUACCACGCCUCCCGCCUACUGCAUGCAGUGGAAUCAGUUUGCCGAGGGCGCAGAUAAGUUGGUCGGCAUCGAGGACUGUCUAACCAUAAGCGUGUACAAGCCAAAGAACUCCAGUCGCUGCUCAUUUCCUGUUGUCGUCAACAUUCACGGCGGCGCCUUCAUGUUCGGUGCACCCGUGGAACAUGGCCAUGAGCCGAUUAUGGCCAGCGGAAAUCUGAUUGUAGUGAAGAUCACCUAUCGACUGGGUCCAAUAGGUUUUCUGAGCACAGGCGACGCUACAUUGUCGGGAAACUUUGGACUUAAGGAUCAGCGCUUGGCUCUGCGCUGGAUCAAGCAAAACAUUGCUCGCUUUGGUGGUGAGCCAGAGAAUAUUCUUGUCCUUGGUCACUCAGCUGGCGGUGCUUCGGUACACCUACAGAUGCUGCAGGAGGAUUUUAACCAAUUGGCAAAGGUAGCUGUGUCAUUCAGUGGAAAUGCCCUGCAUCCCUGGGUGGUGCAACAAGGAGCACGUCGACGCGCCUUCGAAAUGGGUCGCAUUGUGGGAUGCGGCUUGUUAAGCGACUCUGUGGAGUUGAAAAAGUGUCUACAGUCCAAGGAUGCCUCGGAGAUAGUCAGAGCUGUGCGUCAGUUCCUCGUCUUUGACUAUGUACCGUUUGCUCCAUUUGCACCGGUGGUGGAGAGCGAAGAUGCACCUGAGCCCUUCAUUACUCAGCAUCCCAUUGAUAUAAUCAAGAGUGGAAAGUUCGCCCAAGUGCCUUGGCUGACCACCUACACCCAGGAAGAUGGCACCUACAACGCUGCUCUCUUAAUGGCCAAGCAACUCAACGGCGCCGAGUUCAUUGAGGAGCUCAACAGUCGCUGGUACGAGCUGGCGCCCCACUUCCUGUUCUAUCGCGACUCUAAGAAGACCAUUGACGACAUGGACGACUACUCCCGCGAUCUGCGACAGCAGUACCUGGGCAACCGCAACUUCAGCGUGGAGAGCUACCUGGACGUGCAGCGCAUUUUCACAGAUAUACUGUUCAGGAACGACACCCUACGAUCCAUAGAUCUGCAUCGCAGGCAUGGCAAGAGUCCCGUUUAUGGCUACGUCUACGAUAAUCCGACAUCUCGGGGCAGUGCUCAAGUUUUGGCCCAACGGGAUGACACUUAUUUUGGCACAGGACAUGGCGAUGAUUAUGCUCUGAUAUUUGAGAAGGCAAUCACUCAACCCCGCGCUGACGAGAAGAUCAUCUCCAAGAACUUCAUACGCCUGCUGGAAGACUUUGCUCAAAGCGACAGCGGCUCCUUGACGUAUGACAAUUGUGUAUUUCCCAAUAAUAUUGAGCAGGAGCAGCUGCAAUUUAUUUUAAUUAAGAGCAACAGUUGUGAAAUUUUAAAACUAGAUCCAAUUAGCUUUGCCACAGUCGCCACAGAUCCAUUGCUGGUAGAGCUGCCCAACGGAAAACUACGUGGACGCGACAACGAGGGAUAUUACAGCUACGAAUCGAUACCCUAUGCGGAGCCACCUCUUGGCGAGCUACGAUUCGAGCCACCUCAGCCCUACGCUCGCCGAUGGGACAGCGAAUUUAAUGCAACCACGCCUCCCGCCUUCUGCAUGCAGUGGAAUCAGUUUGCCGAGGGCGCAGAUAAGCUGAUGGGCAUCGAGGACUGCCUAACUGUAAGCGUGUAUAGGCCAAAGAACUCGAAUCGUAGCUCAUUUCCGGUUGUAGCGAAUAUUCAUGGCGGCAUCUUCAUGUUUGGUGCACCCGUGGAGCAGCGUCAUGAGCCGAUUAUGGCCAGAGGCAAUAUGAUUGUGGUGACGAUUGCAUAUCGACUAGGUCCGAUAGGUUUUCUGAGCACAGGCGACGCUACAUUGUCGGGAAACUUUGGACUUAAGGAUCAGCGCUUGGCUCUGCGCUGGAUCAAGCAAAACAUUGCUCGCUUUGAUGGUGAGCCAGAGAAUAUUCUUGUCCUUGGUCACUCAGCUGGCGGUGCUUCGGUACACCUGCAGAUGCUGCAGGAGGAUUUCAGCCAAUUGGCAAAGGUGGCUGUGUCACUCAGUGGAAAUGCCCUGGAUCCCUGGGUGGUGCAACAAGGAGCACGUCGACGCGCCCUCGAAAUGGGUCGCAUUGUGGGUUGCGGCUUGUUAAGCGACUCUGUGGAGUUGAAAAGGUGUCUACAGUCCAAGGAUGCCUCGGAGAUAGUCAGAGCUGUGAGUCGGUUCUUCGUCGUCGACUAUGUGCCGAUUAAUCCAUUUGGGCCGGUAGUAGAGCCAGUCGAUGCUCCAGACCCUUUUCUCACUCAGUAUCCCAGUGACAUCAUAAAGAGUGGAAGCUUUUCACAAGUUCCGUGGCUCGUUUCCCAUACAACGGAGGAUGGUGGAUACAACGCAGCUGCUCUCCUGAUUAAGCAGCCCGAUGGAAGGGAGUUGAUCUACCAUCUCAAUAAUCGCUGGUACGAAUUAGCGCCCCACCUCCUCUUCUAUCGCAACUCUGCGAAAUCAGUUGAUGAAAUGGAUGACUACUCCCGCGAUCUGAGACAGCAGUACCUGGGCAAUCGGAAAUUCAGCGAGGAGAACUACCUGCAUGUACAGCGAUUAUUCUCAGAUUUGUUCUACAUAAACGAAACUCUACGAACCAUAGAUCUGCAGCGGAAACAUAGAGGAAGUCCCAUUUACUACUACGUCUACGAUAAUCCAUCUGAAAAAGGCAUUGGACAAGAAAUGUCCAACCGGGAUGAUAUUUAUUUUGGCACAGUACAUAAGGAUGAUUACGCUCUGAUGUUCGACAAGAAAACUAGUGAAGACCGACCUGACGAGAAGAUCAUUUCCACUAAGUUUCUAAGCAUGCUGGAGGGCUUUGUCUACAGUGAUACUGUCCACAUAAUUAGGGGCUAUCAACGGAGCGGGAAUCAAAAUAAAACAAACGCAGCUGAGCUCCGCUUGGCACAGUGCACAUUCAGUGUUGACAGAGUAAAGGUCAUGAAAGAUAACGGCAUACGAAUUUUCUUGGUCUGGCUCUGUGUAGCAGCGGCAGCCGUUGCCGAUCCACUUUUAGUCGAGCUGCCCAAUGGGCAGCUACGUGGACGCGAUAACAAAGGAUAUUACAGCUACGAGUCGAUACCCUAUGCGGAGCCACCUGUCGGGGAGCUUCGUUUCGAGGCACCGCAGCGCUACGCCCAGCAAUGGAAGGAAACGUUCGAUGCCACUCAGCCCCCUGUCGAGUGCAUGCAGUGGAACCAGUACACCGACCAGGAGAACAAACUGACGGGCGUCGAGGACUGUCUGACAGUCAGCGUGUAUAGGCCAAAGAACAGCAGUCGCAGCUCAUUUCCUGUUGUCGUCAACAUUCACGGCGGCGCCUUCAUGUUCGGCGGUGCAGCUGGGAACGGCCACGAGGCAUUCAUGGCCAGCGGAAACGUGAUUGUGGUGAAGAUCACCUAUCGUUUGGGCCCUCUGGGCUUCAUCAGCAGCGGCGACAGCGCUCUGCCAGGCAACUUUGGCUUGAAGGACCAGCGGCUGGCAUUGCAGUGGAUCAGGGACAACAUUGCGCGCUUUGGUGGGGAGCCGGAAAAUAUUCUCGUAGUCGGCUUCUCUGCUGGAGCAGCCUCGUUGCAUCUGCACCUACUGCAGAAGGACUUCCAACAGCUCGCAAAGGCGGCCGCCCUAAUAAGUGGAACUGCCCUUAUGCCGUCCACGGUGCAGCAAGGUGGACGUAGACGGGCCUUUGAAAUGGGUCGCAUCGUGGGCUGCGGCUUGCUUGAAGACUCGACGGUGCUUAAAAAGUGCCUGAAGUCGAAGCAUGCCUCGGAAAUUGUGACGGCCGUACGGGACUUCUUGGUAUUUGACUACGUGCCCUUCGCUCCAUUUGGCCCUGUGGUGGAGCCAGUCGAUGCGGCCGAGCCUUUUCUCACUCAACAUCCCCUUGACAUUAUUAAGAGUGGAGACUUUUCGCAAGUUCCCUGGCUCGUCUCACAUACCCAAGAGGAUGGCGCCUACAAUGCAGCCAUUUUCCUAGCAAAGCAGCCCAACGGAGAGGAGUUCAUCGGGGAGCUCAACAAGCGCUGGUACGAGCUGGCGCCCCACUUAUUCUUUUAUCGAGACUCUAGCAAGACAAUCGAGCAAAUGGACGACUACUCCCGCGAUCUGCGACAACAGUACCUGGGCAAUCGGAACUUCAGCGUGGAUAACUACCUGGACAUGCAGCGCAUAUUCACCGAUGCCCUGUUCAGGAAUGAUUCGAUACGAUCCAUAGAUCUGCAUCGCAAGCACAGCAAGAGCCCCAUCUACUACUAUGUCUACGACAAUCCCGCGGCUCGUGGUAGAGCGAGUCUUCUGGCAAGGCGAGACGAUAUUGUAGUCGGCACUGGGCAUGGGGAUGAUUACUUUUUGUUCUUUGACAGUCCCUCGCGACAGCCUCUGCGUGCAGACGAGGAAAUUAUUUCCAAAAAUUUAAUUAAAAUGUUCGAGGACUUUGUGCAAGGUGACAAAGGGUCUUUGACCUAUGACUCUUGCGUCUUUCCAAACAAUAUUGCCCAGGAGCAUGUGGAAUUCAUUCUAAUCAAGCGUAACGGCUGUGAGAUUUCAAAAGCUGAUUGGAUUGCUUGAGUUUUAAAUUGAUGUAUUAUAAGCUUAGCUUGAUUCUGAAAUUUGGCAACUUAAAUCAAACAUAUUAAAGUAUUUUAAAGCAAUUAAUUUAAUUGAAGCGUAAUAUAAUUGCUCUUAUAUCGAAUAUAUCAAUCUAUAAAUUAUUAUUUAUUCCUUUGAAUAAAAAUGAAUAAAGUUCAACUGAA